ACCUAAUUGUUGGUGGAGUUCAGUCCCCCCUCUCGUGCAACCUCCCCUCGGCCUCGUGUUACUGUCUGAAACACUCUUCUGUCGUACACAUCGACAUACUCUCUAGCCGAAUUCUCAGUAAAGUUACCAGCAAAAUAUUUUAUGAGUCUUAAGCAACAGAAACCUACUCUCAGUGGUCAGCGGAUCAAAACCCGCAAAAGAGACGAGAAGGAGAAACACCACCCGUUGGGCUUCCGUGAUGCUAUAAUAUCUGGACUUAAUGACCUUAAUGACAAAGGCUAUGAUUUAGAACAGGUUGCCAAAUUUCUUGACACAUCUGGUGGUAAACUAAACUACCGUCUCUAUGGAGAGUUUCUCUUCGAUGUUCUUUUUGCUGGCGGGAUUUUGGCCCCUGGUGGUAGCAUUGUAGAAGAUGGACCUAAUCCUUCUACUUACAAGACCAACAUCUGCAUAUUCGAAGCAAACAAUGACAAUGAGACAUUGAGGAAACAUGUGCAGAUGCACAAUAAGCUGAUAUGCCGAUAUCGGUAUCUGCAGAAAUCCUAUGAGGAAGAAAUGAAUAAGAUCCUCCUGUUUCUGAAAGGGUUUACAGAUGAGGAGAGAGAAAAACUUGCCUUUACCACCGGGGUGGUUCUUGCCAAUGGUAUGGCUUCUCCUGCGGUCUUGAACAGUUUGCUUAGUGAAAGUCUCACCAAAGAGGGGAUCAGUCUCGCCUUCAUCACUAAGUUAUUUCAGGCCUGGGUUAAUGAGAAGGACUUCAAUCAUUUGAGUCUCAAUUUGAGGAAAGCAGAAUUGGAGAACAAACUAAUGAUGUUCUUUCCUCCAAACAAGCAAACUGUAGAGCACUUUGAAAAACACUUCAAGGCACAUGGACUGGAGAAAAUGGUUUCAUUCCAGUUAGCACAAAAAACUGCCAAUACAAGACGCCAGCUGCAAACACAACUGAAAGAAAUGCUCAAUGGAGAGACUCCUGUCAAGGACAUGAUCUCAACGUGUAAAGAGGAGAUGAAAAAAGCUGAUCUCUUGGAGGAAGAGGUUGUUUUUCUAAUUUGGAAAGUGAUCAUGCAGUCUGUUGAGUGGAACAAGAAAGAGGAGCUGGUAGCGGAGCAGGCACUUCGCCAUCUCAAGAUGUAUGCACCUUUACUAGCAGCCUUCACAACUACUGCCAAGUCAGAGAAAAAUCUCCUCAUUAAAGUUCAGGAGUAUUGUUAUGACAAUAUGAACUUUAUGAAAGUGUUCCAGAAAAUCGUUCUUCUCUUUUACAAAACUGACAUUUUAAGUGAAGACUCCAUCAUUGCAUGGUACAAAGGAGAAAACUCAACCAAAGGGAAGAGCAUGUUUCUGGAGCAGAUGAAGAAGAUGAUAGAGUGGCUCCAGUCUGCUGAAGAAGAGUCAGGGUCCGAGGAAGAAGAUGAAGAAGAGGACUAGUUUGCUAUUAGAACCAUGUAUGCAAUAUGUGUGUGGCUAAAGAUAGGCAAUGCAAGCACGAUCAUAUACCUCCCACAAGUGCUAGCCGAAUUUAAUCUAAUAAAAGGGUUUUUCCUGAA